AGUCUGUACGGUCGUUUGGACCGAACGUUUGAUAGGAUUUCUGAGAUUGAAAUUCCUUUUAAUUUUUCUACUGCGUGUAUCCAAUUCCAAUUAGUGGGUUCCUGCAAUGGCUUAUUGUGUCUCGCUAAUUUGAGUAUCUCCACUACCACUUUUGCUAAUGCUUUAUAUUUGUGGAACCCCAGCAUUAGAAAAUUCAAGAAAUUGCCUCCUACUUGCUUAGGAAAGUUAAACAAAGUUACACUCGGAUUCGCUUAUUGUUCCGAUAAUAAUGACUAUAAGGUUGUAAGGACUUCACGUAGUUCUUCGCGUUUGUCUACGUCUGAGAUUGAGCUGUACACGUUGAGUUCGGAUUCAUGGAGAAGCGUUGAAAUUUCUUCGACAACAGAUGUAAUGUUCUGUAGAAAUUUUCUUUCUCCAAUUCCGUUGAUUAAUGGAGCUUUACACUGGGUGGCAUCUAUUAAAGAAGAGAAUUGCAUGGCAGAAACAAAUAUUAUGGCAUUUGAUGUCAAUAGUGAGAAAUUCAUCAGAAAGCUAGCACUGCCUGAUGGUACUACCUUUCUACACCUUCGAAGAUAUCUUACAUCAUUCAGAGGGAAAUUGACUUUCAUUGAACAAUCUUUUUGCCAAUACUCCAUAUGGGUGAUGAGGGACUAUGGUGUGGUUGAGUCUUGGAAUAAACUUUUUGUUCUACCAUUUAAAAAUGAAUAUUGUUGGAUUUCCUUGACUGAUUAUGGUUCGCUUAUGGUUUGCUACAGAAAUGAUCCAGUAAAGAGGCUGGGAUUUAAGUUUGCUUUAAUUGACACUGAAACUCUACAAGAGAAGAAGGAUCCUGAUAUCCAACAUCCUUCAUAUGUAGCCAUUUUCAUGGAGAGCCUUGUUUUACUUGAUGGAACAAACGUGGAAUCUUACUAACCGGUUCAUGGUGAGCAUAUAAGAUGGAAGACAAUUAUGGUAUGGAUGAAGUGAAACCCUUGUUUAUUCCUUUUCCUUUAGUAGUAGGCAUGAUAGUUAGGUAGAAUUGCUAAAGCUUGAUUUUUAUUCCGUGUUAACAUCAUCCUUUUGUGGCUAUUAUAAAUUAGUAUUUGAUAUUUGUAUGUGAA